AUGGCAUCCAGCAGCCUGCGAUACCGUUAUAACCCGCUGCACCAGGACAUUAUCUGCGCGGAGACUGCGAUCAACGACCUGGCGGCGACGGUGGACAGCCUCGGCGCCAGCCGGGCGAUGAUCACCUGCGGGCCCACGAUUCUGUCGGCUUGCGACGUGGUACCGCGCGUCCAGGAGGCGCUGGGAUCGAGAUACGUUGGGACGUAUUCGGGCGUAGCGCCCCAUUCGCCGGUGGACACUGUCGAGGCCGGAGCGGCGAUGGCGCAGGAAACGCAGCCGGACAUCUUCAUCAGUGUCGGCGGCGGCAGCACCCAUGACACUACCAAGGCCAUGGCCGUGCUUCUCGCCGAGGGUGGCGACAUUCGCGACUAUGCCAUCAUCUUUGAGCCGCCGGACAAGAUCACGGUGCCGCCCACACCGUCGCCCAAGCUCCCAAUCCUGAGCGUGCCGACCACCAUGGGAUGCGCGGAGUUAGCCGUGGCGGGGGCGGCGUGA